CCAAAUGUCCCUUCAAACACCGUGGCCCUAAUAGUACCCCUCAACCCCGACCCUCUCAAGAAAAAUUUUCACAGGGAGAAAACAAGAUUGACGAAGAAUACUUCUUCUUCGCGAGAGGGGCAAUCAACCCUUUGAUUGAUUUUACCGAGUUUCCGUAGUCCUCUAUUGAUCUGAUCUCUAGGUCUUCUUAAUGUAAUUUCUUUUUGUUCUUCUCGAUUCCUUGAAUUAUCAAGGAAAGACUACUCUUUGAUAUAUCUUUUGUAUUGUCUUGCCCUUCUUACCUUGUAAAAAAUACUGGGUUUUCAUUACCUAAUAGUUUUCUUGUUCACUCGGUGGUUAAAGUCAAAAUGGAUCAAGAGAAUGACCCGGCAGGUGCUGUCAGGCCCUCAAAUCGUCAUGGAGGGGGGUUAAUGGCUGGAGGGGUGAUUGGACAAAAUAGGAGAGCAUUAAGCACCAUCAACGUGGAUUUAGUCGCCCCUACACAGUAUUCUUGUGCUGUCUCCAAGAGAAAUGGCUUCAAGGAAAACAAUGCAAAUGUAGCUAAUAAGAACACACCUCAAGUUCUUGCUCAUCGUCCCAUCACAAGGAAAUUGACUGCACAAUCGGCUAAAAAACAACAGCAGCGGCAUCAACCAUUCACUCAGGGUACUAAGCCACCACUCCGAUCAGCAACACAUAGGAAUAAAUAUGGUGUUGAUGAUGACUUCAAUGUUCCCAUGUUUGUGCAACACACAGAGGCUAUGCUGGAGGAAAUAGAUCAGAUGGAUAAAGAAAUUGAAAUGGAAGAUGUGGAGGACUAUGUAAUUGUUGAUAUAGACAGUCCAGACAAGAAGGAUGCACUUGCUGUGGUUGAGUAUAUUGAUGACAUAUAUGCUUACUACAAGAAGACUGAGAACUCUAGCUGCGUGCUCCCGGACUACAUGGAUCGGCAGCCUGACAUCAAUGAAAGAAUGAGAGGCAUUCUCAUUGACUGGCUCAUUGAGGUGCAUUACAAGUUUGAACUGAUGGAGGAGACUCUUUAUCUGACAGUGAGUCUCAUAGAUAGAUUCCUGAAUCUCCAACCGGUAGUUAGGAAAAAGCUCCAGCUUGUUGGGGUAACGGCAAUGCUUCUCGCUUGCAAAUAUGAAGAAGUGUCUGUUCCUGUUGUGGAAGAUCUCAUAGUAAUUUCAGAUAAGGCUUACACAAGGAAGGAAGUAUUAGACAUGGAGAAGUUAAUGGUUAACGUCUUACAGUUUAACAUGUCAGUGCCCACGCCGUAUGUGUUUAUGAGGAGAUUUAUUAAAGCUGCACAAUGUGAUCGGAAGUUGGAACUCAUGUCUUUCUUCAUGAUUGAACUAUGCCUUGUUGAGUAUGAAAUGCUGAGGUUCCCACCCUCUCUAUUAGCGGCCGGGGCAAUCUUUACAGCUCAAAGCAGCCUGAUAGGCUGCAAACAUUGGGACAGAACUUGUGAGAAGUAUACUGGAUAUACUCAUGACCAACUGUUGGAGUGCUCAAAGCUGAUGAUUUCUUUUCAUCACAAGGCAGGAUCUGGGAAGCUAACUGCAGCAUUCAGAAAGUACAGUGCAUCCCAAUAUGGCCGUGUUGCUAAGGAUGAGAUUUUCAAUUUUCUUCAAAAUGCAUCUAUGUUUUAUUAGAUGUGCAGGAUUGAACACCUGGUGACUGGGGUGGGAUUGGGACCGGGGGGGGGGGGGGGGGGGGGGAGCUGCAACAAAAGUUGCCCCUAGGUGGAUGCUAUAUUUUGUUACCGUCAUAAUGUCUUCACAUUUCAUCUUUAGACAAUAUGAAUUUAUUAAUAUGAAGCUAUUAGGCGUUGAAGGUUUCGUUUGGAGUUGCCUAAAAUAUUGGGUUACUAAAUAUUGUUGUGUCAUCUAAGAUUACUGUUGUCAAUUAUGGGCUGCAAAUGUGGGAUUGUUCUAAGAUUAUGUAAAUGUGAGAUUGUUAUGAGAAAAUCAGUCAAAUGUGGAUUACUGUUGUCAAUUUUUCUUUUGUAUUAUUG